AAUCACAAUAUCCAUGAUCUCAAGGCACGAAAAAAGAGAAAAACUCCCUCAUUAACUGGAAGAAACCUGUAGAUCCAGACUCCUGGUCAUAGAAAAGACCAAUGACAUGUUGGUGUUACUAGCAACACCUGAGUGACUCAGAAGGCAUGAUAAACAUACUGCGAUAAAUGUUUAUAAAUGCGAUAAGUAAAACAUGUUUUCUGUAUUAGAUUUUCUCCAGUUGUUGUCAUUGCUCACACACAACAAUAGACUUUCCUGCAACUACUGACAUGUUGCAUUCUCUUGGCCGUAUAGACAGUAACAUGUCUAGUAGCUCCCUGAUGCAUGCACCACAGUGUGUGUGUGUGUGUGUCAGUGUGUUGUGCUGCUGUGUGUGUGUGUGUGUGAGCCCUCCAGUUGCCCUCACAAAGCCCACUCAGGCAGACUGACACAAGUCAUCUGCAUGCCUGGGUAAAGGCAUCAUCAUCAUCAUCAUCAUCAUCGCCAGCAUCAUCAGCAGCAGCAUCAGCAGCAGCAUCAGCAGCAGCGGAGGGGCGGGGAGUUCACAUCCAGUAACGACCACCGACAAACCGGGAGAGCCUCCUCCGGUAGCAUCAGCACACACCAACCAGGGAAGAUGGUCGCGGUGCAGACGUCCCCCACCUCGGCUCCUGCGGCGGAGUGGAUCUGCUGCCUGGACAAAAGGCCCUCGGAGCGCUCAGGAGAGGACGUGGACAUUAUCCUGACCAGACUGAGAGAGGUCAAAGCGUUUCGGAGGUUCCCGUCACCCCUUUUGGUGCAGAUCUGCGCUUCUGCCUUCUAUGAAUGCCUGGAGAAAGGCAUCACGUUGUUCCGACAGGGAGACAUCGGCACCAGCUGGUACGCCGUGCUCUCGGGUUCCCUGGAUGUUAAAGUGUCAGAAACAGCCAACCACCAGGAUGCAGUCACUAUUUGUUCACUGGGGAUUGGGACGGCGUUCGGGGAGUCGAUCCUGGACAACACACCACGCCACGCUACCAUUGUCAGCAGAGAGACCAGCGAGCUGCUGCGCAUCGAGCAGAGGGAGUUCAAGAGCCUCUGGGAGAAGCAUCGUCAGAGCCUGGCUGGACUGUUGGCCCCUCCUUAUGGAGCGAUGGAGAGUGGAUCUAACAAUGACAGACUCACAGACAGAGAAAACAUUAACUCCGACUCGGCAAACAAAGCUCACAACAAGAUUCCCUCAGAGAAACUGCAGAGAGCCGGGAAGGUUCUACGUAACGCCAUCCUGUCCAGAGCCCCGCACAUGAUUCGAGACAGGAAGUAUCACCUCAAGACUUACAGACAGUGCUGUGUUGGCACGGAGCUGGUUGACUGGCUGGUGCUGCAGAGUGCAUGUGUGCUCACACGGUCCCACGCUGUCGGGAUGUGGCAGGCACUGCUGGAGGAAGGGGUGCUAAACCACGUGGACCAGGAGCUUGGCUUCCAGGACAAGUACCUGUUCUACCGUUUUCUUGAUGAUGACGAGGAGGACACGCCGUUGCCUAGUGAGGAUGAGAAGAGGGAGAGUGAGGAGGAGCUGCCGGAGACCAUCCUCUUCGUCGCUCAGAUUGGCCCCGAUGCCCUGCUGCGCAUGAUCCUCAAGAAAUCGCCUGGUCAGAGGACAGGAGAUGACCUUGAGAUCAUCUACGAUGAGCUGCUUCACAUCAAGGCCUUAGCUCACCUCUCCAACACUGUGAAGAGGGAACUGGCAAGCGUAGUGAUUUUCGAGUCGCAUGCAAAAGCUGGAACCGUGUUGUUUAACCAAGGAGAGGAGGGCACAUCAUGGUACAUCAUCCAGAAGGGCUCAGUCAAUGUGGUGAUCUAUGGCAAGGGUGUUGUGUGCACACUCCACGAGGGCGACGACUUUGGGAAGUUGGCCCUGGUCACAGAUUCACCUCGAGCUGCCUCCAUUGUCCUGAGAGAGGACAACUGCCACUUCCUGCGUGUGGACAAGGAGGACUUCAACAGGAUACUCAGGGAUGUGGAGGCCAACACGGUGCGUUUGAAAGAACACGAACAAGCCGUGCUGGUGUUAGAGAAGAGUCCCCGAGCCUCCACCCAGGGAAGCAUCAAGUACACUGUGAUAUCAGGAAUGCCAGAGAAGAUUCUUGAGCACUUCCUGGAGACCAUGAGGAUGGACAUACAUCACAAUGAUCCAGACCCAGCAGUGGACGAUUUUGUCCUCAUGCAGUGUGUCUUCAUGGCCAACAGCCAGCUCUGUCCUCUGCUCAUGGCACACUACCAUGCGGUAUCCCCACCCGGCUCUGAGCAGGAGAGGUUGGAGUAUGCACUGAACAGUAAGAGGAGGGCCCUGGUUAUCACCCUGCGCUGGGCCAACACACACUCAUACCUGCUGCAGGAGGAACCGGCCGCACUCGCUUUCCUGGAGGAGCUGUACGGAAGUCUAUCAAAUGACUCUCGGAUGCUGAGAGCUCUGAAAGACUUAGUGCCUGACCUGGAGAAAAUCAUCAAAUUACAUUCAGAAGAAGCCAAAGCAACAAAAAAGAAAACCCUAUUACGACAAUUCAGCGACGGAGAGGAAAGGCUGCAAAAGAAACAACCCAUUAGGAAUCAGGACGACAUCCUACUAAAGGUCUACUGCAGCGAUCACACAUACACAACCAUCCGGGUCGCCGUGGCAGCAACGGGAAGAGAAGUGAUUGCUGCUGUGGCCGACAAACUCUGCAUCACAGAUGAGCUGGUGUUGGUCCACCUGAGCUCUGCCGGUGAAAAACUAAUGUUGAAGCCAAGUGACGUGUCAGUGUUUUCGACUGUGAGCCUCAACGGACGAUUAUUUGCCUGUUCUCGUGGACAGCUCAGCAGUCUGACUCCUCACCCGGAGCAGGAGGGCCCCACUGCAGGAUCCAUGUCAACCUUUGAGCUGAUGAGCUCUAAGGACCUGGCUUACCAGAUGACCAUGUAUGACUGGGAGCUGUUCAGCUGUGUACAUGAGCACGAGCUGCUCUACCACACGUUCGGCCGGCAGAGCUUCAGGAGAACCACGGCGAAUUUGGACUUGUUCCUGCGGAGAUUCAACCAGGUUCAACUGUGGGUGGUCACUGAGGUGUGCCUCUGCGGACAGCUCAGCAAGAGAGUCCAGCUCCUGAAGAAGUUCAUCAAGAUAGCUGCGCACUGUCGAGAGUUCAAAAACCUGAAUUCGUUCUUUGCCAUUAUUAUGGGGAUGAGCAACCCAGCUGUCAGCCGACUGACCCAGACGUGGGAGAAACUCCCCUCCAAGUUUAAGAAGUUCUAUGCCGAGUUUGAGAGCAUGAUGGACCCAUCCAGAAACCACCGGUCCUACCGACUCACUGUCACCAAACUGGAGCCGCCAAUCAUCCCCUUCAUGCCCCUCCUUCUCAAAGAUAUGACAUUCACACACGAGGGCAACAAGACAUUUAUUGACAACAUGGUCAAUUUUGAGAAAAUGCGUAUUAUAGCUAACACGAUUCGGCAAGUGAAGCAUUGUAGAAGUCAACCUUUCAAUCCCGACAUUUGCCAACCAAACAAAAACCAAGCAGAGGUGCGGGGUUACGUCAGGAAGUUCUGCGUGAUUGACAACCAGAGGGCGCUGACGCAGCUCUCCUACAGGCUGGAGCCUCGGCGGACAUGAGCUCCAGACCUCCCACCGCCAUCGCCUUCUCUGUGACGUUAGCAUUAGAAAACAACAACAACAAAGACAAAACACACGUGUUACCUGGAUAGAAAUAAUACAACUUGAAUUAUCAGUAGCAAAUCACAACAGUAAAUGACUUAAGCACUGUCAUGGACUCUUGUGGAUCCAGGACUUAUACUGUGCCAUUAAACGCCUCUUCUUCCUGGACAGACAAACUGUUUAGCUGCUCUCCCGUCGCCGUGUCUCAGCCCCCCCCCCCAGACUGAUGGUUUAUUAGCUGUUGCUGUUUGGGACCUGUUAGAUAGAACUGUAAUGUAUAGAACUUGAAUCAAUAUCCUGCAUGACUGAACUUCAUAGGCUUUGCGUUCUAUACAGUGGAUUUCUAUCGGAGUGUCCUGUGAUGUUGUGCUACACCCCCCCACCCCCCCGGAUGAGCCUUGUUUACAAUAUAUUACUGUAGCUGCCUGUCAAGCAAAACCAUUCUCGUGACGGCCCGACUCAGAGACAGAAAACACAGAGGACCCCACAGACUGUAGUGAAGACUCCUCUUUUCCCCUGUGGAAUAUACAGAUGAACAUCCCACUUAUUUACUCCAUAACCUACACGAGCGUUUCUUUAGGAUUUAAUGUCCUUUAGGUGAAUAUCGAUGUCCCUUAACUAGUCAUAUAGAAUUCCAAAGCUACUUAACAGAGUAUUAGUCAGAUUAAAGCCCCAAUGAUAUCGCAAAAAGUGUUCCAAUUUGUCACCAUGCGACUGUGACGAAUCUAAACGGUAGAGAGCCUCCCGCACUCUGAGGGGAAAUCUCGUCAUCUCCCGGUUUGUGUUCAGUCCGUGUUCAGUAAUUUUAUUUUUGUAUCCGUGGGUGUAGAAUUUGAGUGUGUUCUUGACAUCGACGUGUCAUUAGUUUUCCUUUGAACUCAGGAGCUUUUGAUGUGAUGGUGUGUCAGUCGAGAACUGUCCCCCCCCU